AGUACCCAGUUUGGUAAUUUUCAAUUCUUUACAUAAGAACUUAUAUAUUUGUAAAUCGUAAACAUUUUUCAAUCCAAUGGAAAGCAAAGCCCGGGUUAAGCCAUCGUCAUUUCUCGGAGUUGUGUGUGCUAUAUGCGCCGAGUUUUACACUCCCUGGGAUGUAAUAUUUUCAUCCGCCAAAUGUGGUCAUAUUUUCCACAAAGCCUGUCUUACGCGUUGGCUCAAUUUGUCCCUGACUUGCCCCCAAUGCCGAGGGAGCUGUCACAGGGAUAGCAUACGCCGGAUAUAUUUAAAUUUCUCAAAUAAACAGGAUGUUGAGGGUAAGCAGCCAAUUAAACUGUCUGUUCAAUGGGUUCCUUUGGAUAUUAGUUUAAAAAAGCUACCGAAAGGCGUGGUCAAAUGUGGCUUUGAUGACAAUGGCAACUGCACAUAUGUGGCUCGCGUCUACCUGAACGAUGAUUUGUUGCCAGCGAGCUAUGUGGCAAAGACCAAAACAGCAUUAUGUUCAUGGGGCUGCCUGGCCUAUGAGUCCACCGAACUGGAAGUCCUAGUUCUGACCGAUUGCCAUUACAAAUGGGUUCCAGGCACGAAAGGAAGUUACUCAUCGGAUGCCCUUCAAACCGGAUACUCUGAGGAUGGGGAAGUAACCUACACGGGACGUGGCCAAUAUAAAGGAAUCUUGCGACUGGGAAAAGUGCAUCCAUCUCAUGAGGUGAUGUACAUACCACAUCGGGGUCUGGAAGUAAACAUACCUGACUAUGAGGUACUGGUAGUUGUCCCUUGUUAA